AUGGAUUACGUACACUGUUAUACAUGUUAUGUGCAACUUAAAGAAGAAACUGAACAUUUAUUUUAUAUUAGUAGUUGUGGAAAAUUGUAUUGUAGUUCUAAGUGCUUACAAAAAGCUCAAGGAAAAAAAUGUUGUCAAUCAAGCCCAAAGUGUGAAGUGAUCCUAUUGACGCAAGCUCCACCUGAAGUACAAGAGUUUUUCGCUGAUGUCGGAACUGUCCUUGAAGAGAUGCAAAUGAAAUGUAAAAAGAUAAUAGAUUAUCAAAAUGGAUUAAGAGAACGUAUGUUUAAGUGUAUUUUUAAAAAGUACGCUAAUUUAAAAGCCGAAUAUGUAAAGUUGAGCGAACAUUAUAACACUUUGCACAAGGAUUACAAACGUCUACAGGAUCAUGUUAAGCGUGAAAGCGCUGCUCGUCAAUCACAUAGUAUUCAAACGCCCAACUCGGCUGCGAGUGCAAAUCAAAUACUUUUUGGAAGUAGACCACAGCCAUCCCAGUCUAUUUUUAGAAAUCAACCACAAGGACAACCUUCAUCGGUACUUUUCAGUGUUGGUAAUGGUGCCACACGAAACUUCAAUGAAAUACGACAUAAUAAUUCUUUAAAUGCUUCCAAUUUGUCAUCUUCUGCAGUGACUCCGUCGAAUAUGUCAAUCAAUUCCUAUGGUGGAUCCACAAUUAGAGGGAACAAUUCGUAUGUUGGAUCUGCGCUUGGAUCUGCUGAGAGCAAUCACUUGAUAACAUUGUCAAAAUUAUCCUUAAACAAGUAUAAACGAACAUAA